AUGGCGUUUUAUCAGUACACUCCUAUAAAUUCUCAGGCACUUCAAAUUCGAGUGCUACACAUCCUCCCAAAGAGCCACGCUGAUCUGACAACUUCGGAUAGGCUACCCAACCAGCUUGAUACAGUUUCCUGCACUCUACACGUAGUAUCUCUAAGAGAAGCCCCAGACUAUCAUGCUUUGUCUUACUGUUGGGGAGACCCUGAUCUUCCUCGAGCACAAAUUUUGCUCGAUGAGACAGAAGUCGAUGUUACCAUUAGUUUGGAACAGGCUUUGAAGACAUUUCGGCAUGCGACAAAACCGAUGGUUCUCUGGGCAGAUGCAAUAUGUAUCAAUCAGAAUGAUCCCGAGGAGAAGGCAGAACAAAUCAAACUGAUGAGGGAUAUCUACAGUUGUGCCAGUAUCGUGGAUGUGUUUCUAGGCGAAGGAACUCCUAGAACCGACGAUGCUAUGGACGCGGCUCUGACUAUAGGACAAGCUGCGUAUGAUGCAGGGAUUUUUUCUGUUACAGUGGAUAGUAUGAGAGACUGUGAAUUUUACGUUCGAGAAGGUCAAGAAGGAUAUGGAUUUAAUCGUCCGAAAAUAGACGAUCCGCUGGCUAAUGUAAAACGCUCGCUGUAUCAACUUGCUAUUGAUAUUGGCCUUGACUUCCCAUUUAUCGGCUGGCAUGAAAUAGGGAGUCGAGAUUAUUGGAACCGGCUUUGGAUCAUGCAGGAAUUUUGCCUUGGCAAAGAGUUGAUGAUAACAUGUGGUCAAAAGACUAUACCAUUUCAUCACUGGUUUGAAUCGGCUUGGAUUUUCUUCGCCAUGCAAUCUUCAAUGAUCAUUCACACAUACGGCCUCCAAAGAACAGCUCAUGAUCCCAUCGUAUCACCGAUUCUUCAAGAGAUUGCAAGAUGUCUAAGUACUGCUCCUAUAAGCCUGAACCGACUUCUGGGGACGCGAAAACAUCAUCGCAAAACCGGCGGGUCUCCUCUUGUCAAACUGUUAGAAAGAGGCUGUAUCCAGGCCUCCAAUGAUCUAGUCAGAAAGGCAAGAUAUCCUCGAGAUAGAAUUUAUGGGUUGUUAGGAAUGGCUUCCGAUGCCCAAUCUUUAAAUAUCCAGCCCAUAUAUACCAACAUCGAUUCGGAUGAAGAGACAGUACAGAUAUUCACAUCUGUUUCUCGAAAACUGUUGGUACAGAACAACGGGGAUUUGUUGGCAUGGAAUCAACAACCCAAAACUUUGGAAGGUCUUCCUAGUUGGGCUCCAGAUUUCACAAACACGCUGCUAGAACCAUCUUGUGAGACUAAGAAAGCGGCUCUCUUCUCUGCUUCGGGUCAAUCUGAACUUUCGAUUGUCCCUGCAUCGGAAGAUAAAGAUCCGAAGAUUAUUGGACUAAGAGGUGUUAGAGUCGAUACUGUUAUGGCGAUUGGAAGUUUGUUUACUGUCGACAACAGACAGGGUAUCAUAUCUCGUACAACCGACGAAUACCUAGCAAUCCACGCCAAUACCAUGCGAUAUUUUGAUGAAAUAACACAUUUCUGUGAGCAAGCUCAGACCCUAAAUGCAAAAGAUGCUGCAUCCCCGCUACCGCAGGACGGAAUGAAAUGGUUCGGAGCCAAUUGGCGCAUCCCCUGCGCAGACCAGACCGACUCCUUCACAUUCCGCACUCGCGCUUCUCAUACCUCUUUAAUGGGCUACAACGAUCUUCGACGUAGUAUAGAACUCUAUUCCGAUAAUGCGAGGAGUAUUACGGAUAAUCAUUUGAGCGAAGAAGAAUUUGAUGCAAAUACUGAGGAACAUAUAAGGUGUGUUCAGACGGCUGCAUAUGCUUCGUACAAAAAUGCAAUGAGUUAUCAGCAAAAUCGGAGACCAUCUAUAUCAGAACAAGGAUAUGUAGGUCUCGUGCCUGGACAUUCAUUACCCGGGGAUGUUAUAGUCAUUAUCUUUGGAAUGGUCCAACCUUUUGUGAUAAGGAGUGUUGGUGAAGACAGGUGGGAGUUAAUUGGAGAAGCUUAUGUUCAUGGGAUUAUGGAUGGAGAAAUCAUGAAAGAUAAUACCCAAACGGAGGACUUUCUGUUGACAUGA